GCAAAUUUAUCCGCGGAAUUUAUUUUGUUACUGUAAUUUUUAACGAAAAACUGUUUGUUUUAUGAAGCAUUGUAUUCAAAAUAAUAGAAAGUUAUUGUAUGUUUAGUUACGUUUAUGCCAUUUGUCUAUAAUGGCAUAUACUGAAAAGGUGUCGCUCAGUGGCACAGCUCUGUCCUUUCUAUUGUACGAGUGUAUAAAUUCUGUAAAUAGCCAGGAGGGGUUUCUCAUUGGAGAUGUGACUUCUGAAAUCACCAAUCACAUAUCGGAUUCUCAAAGUGAGAAUGCAAGGCUUGACACGCAGAUUGUAAUACGAACAGUUCUACCACUACCAUCUGUUUCAUUAUUUUACUUACCAACUGGGAGGAUUAAAGAAGAUGUUCUCUCAGGUCUGCUAUCAAACUGUGCAAGUGAAGUAGUUGGUUGGUAUAAAUAUAGAAAAAACACCAAUUUAAAGCCCACUUUCAGAGAUAAAUUAAUUACUAAAGGUCUUCAAAAAUAUUUUGAAAAGUAUCAUGGGAAGAAAAAUUUUGUUACAUGUAAUUUAUCAAAUAAAACAUCCUCCUCAGGCUCAACCCAUACAUUCACAUAUAGGUUUGGCAAAAUAAAUUGUUUCGACAUUUAUGAAUAUAUUGAAGAUGUAACUGCCAAUUUAGGAGAGAAACUAACUGGAUAUAAGAAACCAAACAGAUUGUCUGCUCAUAGUGUAUUCAAUAAAAUAAUCACAGAAUCAAAUGUACAAAGUAAUGUUACCAGUGAUGCAAUCCUAUGUAUUCAAGAAGCCGUUGACAUUAGGCUUAUCAAAGAAGCUAAAGUAGCUGCUAAAAAUGAGUGUACUAUUAGAGAGUUAGAAGCAGAAAUCAAGCAAAUGAGUAAUAUUCUUUCUGAUAAACAGUCUAUGGAACUUCACACAGCCUAUAACAAAAUGCUUGAAGAAAAAUUCAUGACAAGAGAAAUUGAAAUGGCAGAGGCAUGUGUUCAAGCUUUAAAGACCCCUCCAGAUGUAGAUAUACUGAAUAUUCCAAAUAUUCUUAUGAAUAGUAAUCACCUCCAAGACAGUGAGAACUCAGUUCAGUUGAUAGAAAAUGACUCAAAGGACAGAAGUCCUAGUCCUGUGUUGACAGUCACAAGUUCAACUAAACCAGUAUUGAAUUAUGCUGCAGCACUUAAAAACAAAAGUGAUGUGGCCUCAACCAGUAAAUCUAACAUUUGUUCUGAAGACCUGAUAAGUUUUGACGUGGAAGAUAAACAUGUAAAGAAGCCUAUAAUUGUAAAUGAUGAUGUUAAAUAUGUAGGUGAUAGUUCACCUGAAUACUGACAAGUGCCUUA